AUGAGGGAAUCACCUGCAGAGUGCUUUUGUUUUGACAGAAACUUGGGAAAGUCAGGUCUGCGGGUGUCCUGCCUGGGAUUAGGGACAUGGGUGACGUUCGGAGGACAGAUCACGGAUGAGAUGGCAGAGCAGCUGAUGACUCUGGCCUACGAAAACGGCAUCAAUCUGUUUGACACAGCCGAGGUCUACGCCGCUGGAAAGGCUGAGGUUGUUUUGGGAAACGUCAUCAAGAAGAAAGGGUGGAGACGCUCGAGUCUGGUCAUAACAACAAAGAUUUUCUGGGGCGGCAAAGCUGAGACUGAACGAGGUUUAUCCCGAAAGCACAUUAUAGAAGGUUUGAAGGCUUCUUUAGAGCGGCUGCAGUUGGACUAUGUGGACGUGGUGUUCGCCAACAGACCAGACCCCAACACGCCGAUGGAGGAGACUGUCCGAGCAAUGACCCAUGUGAUAAACCAGGGGAUGGCCAUGUACUGGGGGACAUCCCGCUGGAGCCCCAUGGAGAUCAUGGAGGCGUACUCAGUGGCGCGGCAGUUCAACCAGAUCCCUCCCAUCUGCGAACAGGCCGAGUACCACAUGUUCCAGAGAGAGAAAGUGGAGGUGCAGCUGCCAGAGCUCUUCCACAAGAUCGGUGUGGGGGCCAUGACCUGGUCUCCUCUGGCCUGUGGGAUAAUCUCAGGGAAAUACGACGGCCGGGUCCCUCCGUACUCUCGAGCCUCGCUGAAGGGUUACCAAUGGUUGAAGGACAAGAUCCUGAGCGAGGAAGGCCGGCGUCAGCAGGCGAAGUUGAAAGAGCUGCAGGCAAUCGCGGAGCGCCUGGGCUGCACUCUGCCCCAACUGGCCAUCGCGUGGUGCCUACGUAACGAGGGGGUGAGCUCAGUGCUUUUAGGAGCCUCCAACACGGACCAGCUCAUGGAGAACAUAGGAGCGAUACAGGUUCUUCCAAAGUUGUCCUCCUCCAUCACACAUGAAGUGGACAGCAUCCUGGGGAACAAGCCGUACAGUAAAAAGGACUACCGCUCCUAA